AUGAAUAAAAACACUAAGUAUACUAUCAAUUAUGUUCGCCAAAGUUGGUUAGAUAUCUUUCAACAAAAAGCCACUCUAAAAAAAUAUUUCAAUAAUCCUAAUUUGUUAGGAGCCAAUUCGGCUCGUAAUUUAGUAAAUUGCCAACGAGUAAUCCGCACCGACGACAUAGCAAAUAUUAGUGCUCAAUCCUAUCACCAGACUUUGUUUGAAAUGCUGGGGGAUUUUUCUAUCGGUGUAAAAGAAGACCAUAUUCUUUUUGGCAACAAAAAAACUAAUUUUUGGGAUAUGGGUGAUGGUCCAUGUGGUCCUAAUACUGAGAUUUAUUUUGAUUUUGUCCCCCCAAGUAAUUUGCCAAAAGAUAUCACGGAUUUAGAUAAUAAACGAUUUAUUGAAAUUUGUAAUAUUGUUUUUCCGGAAUUUUACCAUAAAGGAGAGGAAUAUUUGCCCUUAGCCGAAAAAUGUGUUGAUACCGGAGCCGGAUUGGAAAGGAUUGCUAUGGUCUUACAAGGUAUUAAAAAAAACUUCUCUGAUGACAAAACUUUAUUAAGUUCAAUUCAAAAAGCCCGUCAAGAAUUAGAACCUUAUUUACAAAAAUCCGAAAUAGAUGCUCGGGAUAAAGAUUAUAAGCAAAAAAUAGUCCAACCCGCAGUAGAGGAAAUUUUGGGGGGAAAACUGGAUGGGAAAAUUAAUACUGAACUAGAAGGGAAUAUUCCUGGUUUUUCUGCUGGUCGGGCCGAAGGAGAUUUCAAAAUUAACGGCAAACUACUUCGUGACCAAAAACGGCAAGCGAGCAAACUCAAAAUUAGAGAAAAAAGGCUAGAAAUUGUUAACAAGAAAUUGACUGCCAAGAAAGAAAACAUUGAGGCUGUUGAGAGAAAAUUGCAGCAAGAAGAAAAAAGAAUAAGUGAAUUCGCUAAUCAAUUAUUCCGAAAAGAGGAAUUAUUUACUCAACAGUUAGCAAUAAGUUCUCAAAAAGAAAAAACUAUCCGCGCCGAAAUGGAAAAGGUUAAGGAAAUAAAAGAGCGGGUCAUGGGUGAACUGGAAGGAAUAAUCCCUCUGAGUAAAGAAGAAGCCAAAAAAGACCUUUUAACCUUAUUAAGAACCGAAGUGGAUCGUGAAUUAGAGAGAUAUAAGGAAGAAAAAAUCAGGCAGAGCGAAAGAAUUGCCAAAGAAGAAAGUGCAAAAAUUAUUUGUCUGGCUCUGGAAAAAUGCAGUUCAGAGUUGGUUUUCACUAAAACCACGGACACUUUACAAGUAGAGAGACCUCAAAUAAUCAGUAAAAUAAUCGGCAAAGAUGGAAGAAAUAUCAAUGCUUUUCAGCGAAUUACUCGCACCGAGUUGAUUAUUGACAAAGAAAGCGACGAAUUGACUAUUCAAAUUUCUUCUUUUCAAUAUUUACUGAGAUUCAUGGCCCUGCUAACUCUCCAAUCUUUAAUUAAGGAGGAACGCUUUUCUCCGCUUCAAAUUGAAAAGGCUUAUCAAAAAGUGGUUUCUGAAACUCAAGAACUUAUUGUUAAAACCGGAACCGAGGUCGUGGAAGAGUUGGAAUUAAGUAAUAUUCACCCUGAAUUAAUUAAGCAUUUAGGAAAAUUAAAAUUCCGCACUAGUUACGGUCAAAAUGUGCUGGAACAUUGCCUAGAAGUAGCCAAAUUAGCCGGCAACAUUGCAGCAGAGUUAGAUUUAGAUGUUCUUUUGGCCCGACGAGCCGGUCUUUUACACGAUAUUGGAAAAGCAGUAGAAGACGAGGGAGACUAUUCUCAUGUUCGCAGCGGCAUAAGUUUAGCAAAAAAAUGUCAGGAACCAGAGGUAGUUAUUAAUGCCAUUGCUUCUCAUCACCGGGAUUUUGCUCCUACUAAUCUUUACUCUUUAAUUGUUCUAGCAGCGGAUAGGUUGUCCGCUGCUCGUCCAGGUGCUCGGGGAUAUCAGUCCGAGGCUUACAUCGAACGAAUGAAUAGUUUGGAAAAUAUUGCUAACGAAUUUCCAGGCAUCAAAAAAAAAUUGUCCCGUAAAAUUAGAGAAAAAAUCAAAAAGGAGAUUGUCAUUCCUGGUGAAGUAGUUAUUCAAGUGGUGCGGGAAAAAAGAUUCACGCAAAGAUUACAUCAUCGUCCAGAGCCUACCAAAAUCAAAUCUCGCCUAAAAAGUUAA